CCAUUUCAACUAUUUUCCAGAAAUUUCCCAAAUUCCAGAAACCCUAAUUUCCUCUCGAUAAUCCCUUUAAAUCAAGCGUUUUCAAUGGCUACUAAUCUUCUCACUUUUCGUCCCGCCGGAAUUUACGCCAGUGCUAUUCCCGGUCAUACAAAACAGGACCCGAACCGCCGGAAGAGUAAUCCGUCGCCUUCUUCCACGAACUGGUGGGGACCGCUGUUUGGAAUGUCAUCAGAGCCCGACUAUUUCGACUCCGAUAACAAAACCGAUUUCAAAGAGAAAAGAGAAGUCGAACCGGGAACGGAUACGGCACAAAAGUCGAUUAGAUCGAAGUUUUCUCCGGGAAGCUUCACGGAGGAGAAGGCAAGGCAACUCCGUAUGAUGACUACGAACACGUCAUCGUUUCACGACGCUAUGUACCAUUCAGCUAUCGCUUCUAGACUCGCCUCCGAUUUCAAGGAUUGUUCCGAUCUAUGAAUCGCCGGUGAUGCGGUACUAUAUUUGAAUCUUUCAAUCUUUUUUCAAAAGUUAGAAAAUAUAGUAUUGUUAAUGUCAAUGUAAGAUAGUGAUGGCCAAAAAAAAAAAUGUAAUAAUCAAAUGUUGAUGUAUAUAAAAUAAUUUUUCAAAUAUUUA